ACUUAUUAAAAUGCGUGUAGUUGUUCUUACUUUACGGAGGAAAAUGAAUACUAAAUAACUACCACCUUGGAACCAUUCUUUGGUGUAUAUUUGAUUUCAGACUAAUUUAAAUGACUACUCGCUUUCUCUCUUUUUUUUUAAGGUUUAUAGUUCAACUAUAUAAUUUCAAUGCUUUUCAUUUAAGCCGUCUUGUAGGCUUUGGUUCGGUUUAGCUUGGAAGCGGAACGUUUUAUAAUAGUGUUUUCUUUACGGAUACCCUAAACUGACGAACUGGUUUUCCAACCGCCAAAAAGAUAGACAACAAGAACAAGAUUAUAUAAUUGACUGUGUUUUCGGUGCGGUUGAAGCAAGUACAAGCUUUCGUUUGUUAUUUGCUGGUUCUUUGACAUUAUUUUCGAAGUGCGAAUACACCGUCUGUACAUUUUAAUAACUUAAGGACAUAACGCAAUGGGGGACUUUGCGACGCUAGCUGCCGCCAUUCUGGAGCGAAUGGCGAACAGGCUUGUAGCUGAAAUGAGCAAAGAUAACGUCUCUUUUCACAUGACGCAAGAAAUUUCUACUAGCAACGGUGAGAACAUCAUAACUUCAUCUCAGGACUUGACAGAAUUUGUCAAAAUUGUGGCGAUGCUAGCCCAAGAGGCAAGCACAGAGAUCAACAGCGUUUUCCUGCAGCUGUGUGACUCUGUAAAUAAGGAAACGCUGACACUACGUGACAAAGUGAUUGCGCUGGAGGGCCAGCUAAAAGUUGCGACGGAAGACUUGGACAAGUACAAAGUAUGGAAGGAAAGCGUGAUGAAUGGCUGCCCCGUGCUAAAUGAGGAGACUGGGUGGAUCAUGACUCUGAAGCCUUAUGGAAAAUUGGUGGAAUUCAAUGAUGUGAUGGAGAAGGAAGAAGCUGAGUCCACAACAGCAGAUGUUGACGGAGACAGUCACGAAGUGUAUACGAUUGAGGAAGUAACCUGUGGAGAUGAGUCACCAUCAACCAGUACACAAGACAUUGCACAGCCUGACAACAUGGCGCCAUCAAUAGACACAAAGAAACUUAUACCAGCAAAUCUUCAAAAUAAGCCAUUUGAAUGUCAAGUAUGCAAGAAAACCUUCAGCUAUAGGGACCAGCUCAGAAAGCACUCGUACACCCACAAGGAGCCCCUGAAAUGCACCCAGUGUCCCAAAACCUUCCGUAGCAGUGCUUCAUUGGAGCGUCACAAGCUGCGUCAUGAGGGAAAGAAACCUCGGACCUUUGCGUGUCAGCACUGCGAGAAGACCUUCAACUGCAAACAGCGGCUCAAGACACACGAAAUGAUUCAUGACCUUUCCUUGGACCAGAUUUUGUCAGGUAAGACCUUCAUGUGUGAGACGUGCGGCGUCGGCUUUGCACAUCGGCACAACCUCAAGCGUCACAUCCGCAUCCACACGGGCGAACGGCCUUACAAGUGCCACGUGUGCGGCGCCAGCUUCAGACAGGACAGGCUGAAAGCUCACAUGCUUGUCCAUGGUGCCAAAAAGCCCUUCAUGUGCGACGUGUGCAGCAAAACCUUCCUGUACAACUGGCAGUUAAAGAAGCACCAAAAGGUGGCACACCAGAAUGGCGCAGAUGGCGGCACCUUGACUAGGAGGCGCCGCAGCCGUCCACGGGGACUGCAGAAUCGCGAUGUCAUCGUCAAACGUGACAGGAGCAUUGUGGACAUGACAAAGUUUACCUGCCAGACGUGCAAUCGCAAGUUCAACACCGAGGCGGGCCUCAAAAAACACGAGCUGAUCCACACGGGCAGUGCCCCGUUCACCUGCGAAAUUUGCGGCAAGGCUUUCCUCUACAAGGCCACCUUCAACUACCACCUUCGCACGCACAGCGGUGAGCGUCCGUACGCCUGCGACGUGUGCGGCAAGACCUUCAUUGUCCGCCAAGUGCUGGAGACGCAUCGGCUGCAGCACACGGGCGAGAAGCCGCACACCUGCGAGCAUUGCGGCAAGGCUUUCCGGGUCUAUGCCAACUACCGGUUACACCUCAGGAUCCACACAGGUGAGAAGCCUUAUCAGUGCGAGGUGUGCGGUGUCCGAUUCCGUCAGCUUGGACACGUCAAGUACCACAUGAAGGUGCACACGGGCGAGCAACUGUACACCUGUGGCACGUGUGGAUUCAGCUUUUCCAACGCCAAACAGCUGAAGAGACAUGCUUGCACCGCUCCAACCUGUCCAUUCUUCAUAGACUGCAUCUUUAAUCAGUUCGGACAUUGCCAAAUGGGGGGCUUUGCGGAACAAGCUACCUCCAUUCUGGAGCAAAUGGCGAACAAGGUUGCCGUUGAAAUUAAGAACAUUGUCAUUUCCUCCAACAUUCAGCAAGAAUUUUUUACUUUCGACGAAGGAAACACUCUAAUUUCAUCGCAGGAUUUGUUGAUCCAUCAUAUUGAAGCAUUCAUGACAUUGCUGGUUCAAGAGGCUGCCAAUGACAUCUGCCAGCUUUUCUGCGAAUGUUCCUCUUUGCUGCGCUCGCAAGGGGAGGCGCAGGUGGAGGAACUGAAGAAUAGGUUGGAUGUGGCAGAAAAGUCGCUGAGUAUGAUCUUGGAAAAUGCUUGUGCUGUCGUAGUGGAUACGGAGGCACAAGAGGGUGGAGGAGUGGCGGAAAUAUUGCAAUUAGAGACACAAAGCACAGCCAUGCCCGGAGAAGUCGAAAAGUCGGCCAUCCUUGAUGUAACACCAUAUGAGGACAUGCUAUUAGAACCAACACAGAUCAUCAUUGUUGACGAGAUGCCCUUAGGUUCUGACCAGCAGGAAACUAAAUCUGCCCCAGAUGACCACCACGUUGACGUAGACUUUGAGAGACUGGAAUAUGCCACCGAUGCCGACCAAACGAGCCAAACUAAAAGCAAAGAACCAGACGGCCAUCAGCUCAAUACUCUUCAGGUGCGGCCCCGACUUGAAAAGAAGUUCAUGUGCUCACUGUGCGGAUGCAGCUUCCCCCUCCAGCGUAGCCUCAACGCGCACAUGCGGCAGCACACAGGUCAGGGUCAGCACACAGGCAAGCGUGCUCACACAUGCAACACGUGUGGUAAGGGCUUCACACUCAGGCAGAUCCUGCUGGACCACCAACGAUUGCACAACGAUGAUCGACCUUACAAGUGCACGCAGUGCGACAAGAGCUUCUACCGAGUGAACGGCCUGAAGAUGCACAAACGCUUGCACGCCAUUCGGUGCGUACGCACCGGCGAGCACCGCUGCCACGUCUGUGAGAAGAAGUUCAGUCUCCAAAGCAACCUACGGCGCCACAUGCGCAUCCACACGGGUGAAAAACCUUACUGCUGCGACACGUGCGGGAAGAGUUUCAACCAAGCCGACACGCUGAAGAUUCACCAGCGGAUCCACACUGGGGAGCGGCCGUUCAUAUGCGAGACCUGCGGAAAGACUUUCAUCCAAAAGGGGACCCUCAAGGCACACACCGACGCCGCCUCACCUGCUUGUGUGGCAUGCGGCGCUGUGGCGGCUUGCGCCGAUGCAAUGCGCAUCCACAUUCAGACUCAUGCUGACGGCGUGCAGUGCGCCUGCAUGCUGUGUGGCCACUGGCUGACCACGGUGGCAGAGUUGCGCUCGCACCAGCAGGAGCACCAAACGGCGACUCGGGCACACGGCUGCACCAUGUGCGGGAAAAGAUUCAUGUCGGCGAGUUACUUGAAGAUACACCUCCGCCUGCACACUGGAGUCAAAAAGCCCUUCUCCUGCAACGUUUGUCUUCGCACAUUUUCACAGCUCAGCAGCCUCAAGUUGCACCAGGAAAUACACAUAGGUGAAAAGCCUUACUCUUGCGAUAAGUGCGGCAAGUCUUAUAGCGAUGUGAGCCUCUUGACGCGCCACAGGUGCAACAUCAAUGCUGAGAAGGGAACGGUCAUGGACGAGAAAGUGUACACUUGCGAAAUAUGCAACAAACACUUCAAGCAUGCCCCCAACUUGAUCCGCCACCGUCGAAUCCACACCGGCGAGAAGCCGUACGUCUGCAAAGUGUGCGGCCGCAGCUUCAACCAGAGCAACAGCCUCAAAGCCCACCAGCUGACCCACACAGGCCUCAAGAGGUUCAUCUGCGGGAGCUGCAACAAAGGCUUCAGUGACAAGAGAAACCUCAAAAGCCACAAAUGCAGCUAUUAUUUGACUGCCUGAAUGGAUAAGCUAAACUCAUUGGCUAAAUGACAGUUUGCACAGAAGAGAAGCAUUCUUCUCUGGGUUUAUUUUUUCAAGCUAAAAUAAUGCACAAACUUUUUAAUGUGUAUUGAUACUACUGAAUGAGUAGAGUUGAAAUCUGAGACCUAACCCUGCAUAUUAUAUUGAAAAGUCUUUUCUUCACAUUUCAUGUCACUACAAAUACACCACUUUAUGUGAUCCACAGGUGGCAGUAGUGUUCAAAGGACGCAGCAAGGUCAUUUACACCGAUGUAACCCAUUCUUUACGAGCAGAGGAAAAUUAACAUCAGAAAAAUCUCUUGGAACACGACCAAACGAACAUUAAAAUAUGUAUCCUGAACUCACAAAAACAUUGUCUCAAUUUACUCAUGAGGUAUGGACUCUGAAAUAAGCUGCUGUUAGUUAAACAAUUGCUAUUCUUUGAUGUCAUCUAUUUGGAAAAACAACUGUUUCGCUUGGCACUAUACAUUGCUGGCAUCGAUAGAGGAACAAAGAUGCAAUGCCUUUAAUGACUUGACAACCAGACGGAUUUCCUAUACAUUAAAUUGAAUUAUUCCCUGUGUCAUUGCUGAUAAUCUAGUAACUGGUCGAUAAUGACAUAUACAGUCAAAACGGGGCGUGACCAAUCGUGGCGACUGUUGAAGAAUAUGUAAAUCUUUUAUAAUGACAAGUGUUGCAGCAGGUCAACAAAAUGCUAACAAUCUGCUGUUCUCUGCAUUCUAUUUUUCCAACGCUUGAGAUACUGUUUAAGAGAAAGUUUAAAUUCAUAUUUCUACACAUCAAGCAGUUUUUGUUUUCAAACUGACUGCAAGGAAGCAUAUUUUUAAGGGGAGGUGGUGGUCCUGGGACACAGCCCUGUGGUGCGCCAUUGACAUUUACUUGAUGAAAUAUUUGACGAAAGCUUCGGGUUUUGUCUUAAAGCAACACGAGGUAACUUUUCAACUUUUAUAAAAUCUUUUUAUAAUAUUUGUGAUAUGUUGACUGACAACUAGUUGAAUGACACCUCAUUUAUAUCUUGAGGUCUGUACUGCUUUCACCAUCACUAAUUUACUUUGAGGAGGGUGACUGGUACCCUGCCACACAACAAAGGAAGGUGGCAGGAACCCUGCCACACAAAAAAGUACAAAUUUGCUGACUGCUUAACUGCAUAUGUCACUUCCCCCUUUCAUUAUAAAGACUGAAGUCGAUGCGAACACUUUCGCGUAAAUUCUGCAAAGAUGGCAGAGCAACAAAAAAGACAUUUUUGUAUUUUUGUCACAGGACAAAAAAGGGAGGCUAACAGGGAUAAAAGGAUACUCAAGAAUAAACAUUGGCCCGGCUUUCACUCGAUGGCG